ACUUCAUUACCACUUGAUCAAUAGAACAAAAGAAGAAAAAUAAAAAACAGAACACAACUCACAAGCCUCUUUGUCAAUGGCUGCUCAAAUCCCCAUAGGGACACGAGGAACUAUUGGAUCGCUUGUACGUAAAGAAAUCGACUACUUCAAAAACUUCAAUACAUGUCCCCAGUACGAUCCACGGAGAGGAUACUCUGAAGAAAACACUAAUGGUUUUGAACAAAGAGACCACUCAUCACGUCUGAGUUCUUGGUUCUCUAGAACAAACUGGAGAAAGAAGAAGAAGAAGAAGAAGCGGCAGAGUUGCGGUGGCGGUGGUAGGUUUUUGCCGAGUAUGUGCUCGGCGGUGGAGGUGUCCGGUGAGAAUCGGGUUCCCGGUUUCAACUAUAGGAUCUUGAAGAAUGAUGAGAAGGGCUUGCGUGUGUAGAGUAUUGUUUAUGUGGAUUAAGGAUUUUCUUUUUGCUUGGUGGUAUGAUGACCAAUGACUAUGACGUAUGCUAAAGGCUAAAGUUAAUUCAAUCCUGUACGGUCUGAUUCAAGAAUUCGGUUUCGGUUAUAUCCCGGUUUGAAAGAAAUUCCGCUCAGUAAUUAGUAUAAAUAUGCUUGAGAAUGUGAGAGGUUUACAUGACAAACAUGGAGGAUGG